CAGAGGCCACCGAGGAUCUUGUCUCUCAACUUUCAUCUCGACGCCUCGCUGCAGAGCGGAGGCCCUCGUUUAUUAUUCCUAUCUAACUUUCCUCAUCGCCUCACUGCGUUACUCACCAUCCUACACGCAUACACCAUGCCACCACGUCGCUCGUUGAGGGCGGCCCCUGCUAAGGCCGAGUCCAAAGCCGAGCCCAAGAAACCAGCCGCAAAGGCAGCUGCGAAGCCGCCAGCGCGUAGUCGAAGCCGCGUCGCAAAGCGGCGCGCCGUCGACGACCCGGAUUCACGUACCCCGUCUCCCCUACCACCCGCUAAACGUCGCCGGGCCAGUUCACGGGCGGCGAAUGGCAUCAUCGCACACGAAGAGCCGAAGACUACUGAGGCUGCUGAGACCUCCAAGGAGAACAACGCUAAAGAAGCCCCGGAACUAGCCAAGCCAGCCAAGCCCGUAGAAAAGAAGGAGAAAAAAAUCGUCAAGACCGUCCAGCAAAAACCUUAUUUCAACCCGCUCCCGACGCCACCAGAGCACGUCCGCCCAGCUCCUGUGCCUUUCGCAUGGGGUGCUGGUAACUUUGGACAGUUUGGCAUGGGUGAAGACGCUCUCGGCGAAUUCGAGAAGCCCACACGCAACAAGCUCGUUGAGGAAAAGAUGGCAGAGGGUGUGUUUGGUGGCGAAGGUGCUGGCUUCGAGGCUGUUUCGGCAGGUGGAAUGUACAGUCUUUUCAUUGAUGAAAAGGGCACAGUCUGGUCCUGUGGAACGAACGAUGACGCUGCUCUCGGUCGUAUCACUACAGAUGUCCCUGACCCCGACAAAGAGGGCGAAUUCUUGGAUGUUGAUACUCUCACCGCUCAGCCAUUCCCUCUUCAGACUUUGGUGGACGAAGGCUUCCGAGCGACCCGCAUUGCUACCGGGGACAGCAUAUCCGCGGCUAUCAGCCAGGAGGGAGAGCUGCGCGUCUGGGGCUCGUUCCGAUCCGUCGAGGGUCUGUUAGGCUUCAAGAGCGGACAGAACCAUCAGUUUACACCAAUCUCCACCAUGGAGCUGCCAAGCAAACCCGAUGACGCAGAGAAGUUCACUUCCGUUGUCGCAGGAAACAAUCACCUCGUCGUCCUCACUACCCACGGUAACAUCUUCACCUGGGGUGCUGGCGAACAAGGCCAGUUGGGCCGCAAGGUCCUUGAGCGGAGGAAAAUCCACGGUACAACUCCAGAGAAAAUUGUUCUCCACUCGCGCACACGGAAGGCCGUCGUUGUGGGCGCGGGCAACUACACCUCGUUCGCCGUAGACGAGCAGGGCGGUGUCUGGGCUUGGGGCCUGAACAACAUGGGGCAGACUGGGACCGGUUUCACUAAUGCGGCAGCUGACAGCGAGGUCGGACUGCCCAAAAAGGUCGUGGGCUUGAGCAAGUCAGAGCUCGACGGUGAUCAUGUCGUCCAGAUAGUCGGAGGCGAGCACCACACACUCUUCCUUACCGCCACUGGCAAGGUCUUUGCGUGCGGCCGGUCAAACGGCGGACAGCUCGGACUUCCGGAAGACCACUCUGCAUUCCAGGACCGCGAUGAAGACCACCAGGACCUGGUCGCAGUGCCCACUCUUGUCCCCUUCCCCGACGACGAUGACCCUGUUGUCCAUAUCAGCGCUGGCAUCCACAACAACAUGGCCGUUACGAAAGACGGUGCACUGUACACAUGGGGUACCGGUCCCCAAAGCGAACUGGGCGUCGUCGGCGAGUCAGAGGUGAAGACUCCCAAGAUGAUUGUCAGGAGAGAUGGCGGCGCCUGGGCUGCUGUCGCGGGUUCCUGUGGAGGUCAACACACCCUUGCAUUGCUGCGUAAGAAGACCUAGUGAUUGGACAGCAUCCUCUCACGCUACAAUGUGCUCCUAAUCCUUGCACUGGACCUUCAUCGUCUUCAUGUUACCUUGGAAAGCACACCAUGGACAUCCAUACAUUGCUCUUCUUGCGCUACCAUCCACUCAUCAAUCCGCCUCUAGAUUCCCGCAUCAAUGCUCGGAGUAACCACUUGUAUCUUGUUUUCGUUUCGCUACACUAUACUCGAAUUUGUAUCCUCAUAUCCC